AUGUUGUUCAGAGGAGUACUCUGUAAAGGGUGCUAUAUGGCUCCAAUCAGGAAGUAUUCUUCUGGGGCUAAAAAAAGAAAAGAGGUUCAGAGGAGGGAGGCGCUAAAGAAGUCAAUUAAUGAACAAGCACAAGCUUCUACAGAUGCGAAUGAGAAUGUCGAAGCAAGUCAAGGUUUGAAUGAGGAACACGAUUUGAACGAGGAACCAGAUUUGAAUGAGGAACCAGUCCUUCAUCAAUCUGUUAAUGAUAGUGGUGGAGGGGAAGAACCAGAUGUUUUGGUAAAUGAGGACGACAUGGUUGUUGUUGAAGAGGAUCAACAAGAUGCUGAAUUUACUUUUCCAUUUGAUGUUGAUGAUCCUGGAAAUUGGGGUGAGAUUAAGCAAAAUGUCAUAGACUUUUUGGUUGAAAGGGGUCCUAAAAGAGAGAAUGAUUUCACAUAUCAUGUUGAUGACUUGGGGAGACAUUUUAGUUCCUCACAAUAUUUUCGUAUCUUUCCUAAUGGCGAAAAGCGGAACAAGAGGUGGCUUGUGUACUCGAUUUCCUUGGACAAGGUGUUUUGCUUUUGUUGUAAAUUGUUCAAGAAAAAUCACAACAAGAGUAUACUGGGUAAACUUGCAAAUGAAGGAUUGAAUGAUUGGAGGAAUAUCGGUCAAAGGCUUGCUAGUCAUGAAAAAAAUGGUCAUCACAUCAACUGCUUUACUAGUUGGGUCGAAUUGAAAACAAGAUUGAAAAAGCAUGCCACAAUUGAUCAAGAAAACAAUUUAGCCUUUCGUGGGGAUAAUGAAAAAUUGUAUGAGGAGAGAAAUGAAAUUUUCUUACAAAUGAUUGAGAUGAUUGCUAAAUUUGAUCCGGUGAUGCAAGAACAUGUUCGACGUGUGUCAAAGAAGGAAACUCAUUACCAUUAUUUGAGUCACAAGAUCCAAAAUGAAAUUAUUCAACUACUAGCAAAUGAGGUAAAGGCUUCCGUCAUUGCAACAAUCAAAGAAGCAGUGUAUUAUUCUGUUAUACUUGGUUGCACUCUAGAUGCAAGUCAUGAGGAACAAAUGUCUCUUAUCAUCCGGUGUGUUGAUGUUACAUCAAGUCUGAUUGUGGUAAGAGAGUUUUUUUUACAAUUUCUAAAAGUGGAUGAUACAUUGGGACUUGGAUUGUUUAAUGAGCUUAAGAAUGCAUUGCACAAUCAUAAACUCAAUAUUGGUAAUAUACGAGGACAAGGAUAUGAUAAUGGUACUAAUAUGAGGGGCAAACACAAAGGUGUGCAGAACAUGCUUCUUGAGGUAAAUCCUAGAGUAUUAUAUACCCCUUGUGGUUGUCAUAGUUUGAAUCUUGCUAUUUCUGAUAUGGCUAAUUGUGAUGACAAAGCUGAUUAUUUUUUUAGAGUGGUGCAACGAAUAUACUCAUUCUUCUCAUCUUCUACAAAGCGAUGGCAAGUGUUCAAGGACUAUGUGCAGGGUCUUACUCUUAAGCCAUUAUCUGAAACACGAUGGGAAAGUCGUGUUGAAAGUGUGAAAGCAUUUAGAUUCCAAGCUCCCAAAAUAAGAGAUGCAUUAGCUUACAUGGGGAAAAAUGGUGUUGAUUCUAAAACAAGGUCUGAUGCUCAAUGCUUGGCGAAACAUGAGAUGGAGAAUUUUGAGUUCUUAUUUGGCAUGAUUAUUUGGUAUGAACUGUUGAAUGCUAUCAAUAUUGUGAGUAAACUUCUUCAAUCAGAGGACAUGCACGUCGAUGUUGCUGUUCAGGAAUUGGCAAAGCUUAUUUCUUUUGUGCAGAACUAUAGAGAAAAUGGAUUUGAUAAGGCCUUGAUCAGAGCUAAAGAAAUUACAAGUGAGAUGGGAAUUGCAGCUGAAUUUCGUGAAAAGAGACCCAUUAAGAAGAAGAAGCAUUUUGACAAAAGCGACAGUGACAAUGAAGAGGUGACACAAGCUGCUCUCGAAUCAUUUAAGUGGGAGAAGUUGAAGUCCACAGAUGAUGAAAUAUUGAUGAACUUUUGUAUGAAUCUUGAAAAGUUGUUCAAGGAUGUUGAUGAAUCUGACAUUAUUGGGGCUGAACUAUUUGAAGAGUUGAGCUAUUUGAAAGGGUCUAUACCAAAAGAAGCACGAAGAGCAGUUGAUGUGUUGAGCUACUUGAAGCAAAUGGAUGGUUGCUACCCAAAUGCUUGGAUUGCCUACAAACUUUUGUUAACCAUACUUGUUACUGUUGCAUGUGCUGAGAGAAGCUUUUCGAAGUUAAAGUUGAUCAAAUCUUAUCUUCAAUCAACUAUGUCUCAAGAAAGACUGAAUGGUUUGGCUAUGUUAUCAAUUGAAAAGGAGUUGGUGGAAAAACUUGAGUGUUCGUGCUUAAUUAACAAUUUUUGA